CUGCAAACGAUCGCAACUUGACAUCAAAAUCAAACAAAUCUAAACCAAUCAUAUCUGUGCCCAUCAAUCACAUGGAGUCCGAGAGAGGGAUCGAGUCGUACAACAACUCCAACUCUAGUGAACCAAUACUUGAAGACCCAGAAGAGGAUUUCGAGGGCGGGAUGUCUGUCGAGGAGUUCAUCCAACACUUGAAAGACAUGGGAAAGAAAGGUCUUCAGGACGAAUACAAUGCAAUCAAAUUUCGCGGAGCGGACGGAACUUUUGAAGUGUCGAGACUGCGAGCCAAUCAAAGUAAGAACAGGUAUACAGACGUUCCCUGUUAUGACAGGACACGAGUCAAACUGUCCCUCAUUGACGACGACCCCAACUCUGACUAUAUUAAUGGCAAUUAUGUUAAUGGAUAUAAACAGAGAAACGCAUUUAUUUCAACGCAAGGUCCAUUGCCAAAAACUUUUAAUGACUUUUGGCGUUGUGUUUGGGAAAACAAUUGCUGUGUUAUUGUUAUGACCACCAAAACUAUGGAAAGACGGUGUACUAAGUGUGGACAGUAUUGGCCUCUCAAUGAGGAGACGAGUUGUGAUUUCGGACAAUUCAAUGUCCAUAACAAUGGGGUCGAAGAGCACAAGGAUUGGAUCAUUACUUCACUUGUAGUGAAUGACACCAAAACAGGUAUUACUCGGGAAAUAAGUCACUUGCAGUUCACGAGUUGGCCUGACUAUGGUGUUCCCCUAUCAGCGAUUGCAAUGUUAGACUUCAGGGACAAAGUGAGGGAAUAUCAAUCGAAUGCAACCAAAUCAAUGGGCUCUCUAUGGAACGGCCACAUAUUAGGGCCGCCCAUCGUUGUCCAUUGCAGCGCCGGUAUUGGCAGAACAGGGACGUUCAUAACACUGGAUAUAAGUAUUCAACGGUUGGAGACGACCGGAAGAAUAGACAUAAAGCGUACCGUCGAGAAGAUACGUCGGGAAAGGGCGUACAGCAUACAAGUGCCCGAUCAGUAUGUAUUCUGUUAUCUGGCGCUCCUGGAGUACGCGCUCUGCAAACAACUGCUCCGAGACGUCGACUUAUCCGGCUUUAAUGAAAGCGAAUCAGAACUCGAAGAAUGAGUAGCCAUUGGUUGUAUUUAUAUCAAAACUGGUGUCAAUUCAUUAUUAUCAAUGAAUUUCAGUUAAUUUUAGUUUUCCUAAAUACCAUUGUUUAUAUUGUAAUGAAAUUUACUUAAAUUAACAAUUUUGUUGAUAAUUAUAAUUAUAAUUAAUUAAUAUGAGAUCUCUUUUUAUUGAAAUUUGUAUACAUUUGAAGAUUAUUUGAUAUUUAAUUGUAUAAAACCUUUAAUCGUAAUAUACUUAAUGUAAAAUCAAUUGACAAUUGACCACAAGUGGAGUCCAAAACGAGCCCAUUUUCCAGAGUUCGUCAAUCCAUUGAACGUUUGUUUCAUAAAUUUCAUAUAAUAUUAUGAUUCGUUUAAUAUAAAUAACUCGUUAGUAAUGACUGCAAUCAUACC